CUCCACUCCACUUACUCUAACUCAACAAUCUACCGAUAGGCUCAAGGGUCAAAAGCUGUGCGUGCAUGCCUGGCGGUCGGGCGAGCUGUCUCGCUAAUAUAACUGCCAAAUCUGUCAUUUCAUGUGUAGCUGCUUACGAGAAAGUACGUACAAACAUGGCCGGGAAAAACGUUGCAGUGCAGCUCGCAAAUGGUCGUUCUAUGCCCCUUUUUGGGCUGGGUACAUGGAAGUCUAAACCAGAUGAAGUACGUAAAGCUGUGAUAGAAGCCCUGGAGGCAGGCUAUCGUCACAUUGACUGUGCUUCUAUAUAUGGCAAUGAAGAAGAAGUGGGAGCAGGUCUGAAGGAGAAAUUCAGUGAUGGAACUGUCAAGAGGGAGGAUGUGUUCAUAACGACUAAGUUAUGGAAUACCGUCCAUCAUCCAGAAGACGUAGAGGCAGCAUGUAAAAAGUCAUUGGAAAACCUUGGUCUGGGCUAUGUCGAUCUCUUCCUCAUGCACUGGCCAUUUGCUUUCCAGAGAGGAAAUGACUUGUUUCCGAAAGGUCCAGAUGGUGCGGUACUUGAUGGUGAUGUAGACUUUGUUGAUACCUGGAAGGCCAUGGAAGACUUGGUAGAGAAAGGGUUAACAAGAGCUAUUGGUGUGUCCAACUUCAACAAGAGCCAGCUCCAAAGAAUUCUAGAUCUACCACCAAAACAGAAAAUAUGCAAUCUACAGAUUGAAAUAACACCAUACCUUCCAGGGAAUGACAUUAGGGAGUUCUGCAAAGCUAACAAUAUUGUUUUAACAGCAUACAGUCCACUUGGAUCACCUGAUCGCCCAAUGCAAGCUGGUACUGACCCUAUUCUGCUCCAAGACCCAGUGAUCAAUGAGAUCGCAAAGGCCAAGGGGCGCACCCCUGCCCAGAUAGCGACCCGGUACCAAAUAGACAGGGGCAUCGCGGUCAUUCCUAAGAGCGUUACCCCUUCCAGGAUCAGAGAAAACCUUCAGGUUCUUGAUUUUGAAUUGACAAGUGACGAGGUUCAACGCAUAGGCGCACUCGAGAGAAACUUCCGCUACAUAUGCUUCGGAGCAAGCAAGCACUGCAAGUAUUACCCAUUUUGAUGACUCCGCCUGGUGCUGACGAUCUUUUUACUCUAGGAAAUUAAUUAUCACACUUCCAUCUUAUCAUGAAUGAAGUGAUGCGAGUCCAAAAUAUAUUGUUUGAUAAAAACCGAAUUUCUCUGGUGGCACCCCCGUUGAAAAACGCAGCUUUAGACCAUGAUAAUGCCUUUCUGGCUCUCAAAAGAAGAAUAAGAAUAUUUAAAGAAUUAACAAA